AUGUUUCAAUUCAGUCUUAUUGGGAGAUUAAAUUUCAAAGGGCUAAAUAUUAAUGAAGUUCAGAAAGUUUUGGAAGAACAAUGGAAACUUGGUGAUAGGAGGUGUAAGUUGGUACCAAUGACAAAAGGUUUUUUCAUCAUUAAGUUAACUUCAGCUGAAGACAAUGAAAGGGUUUGGCAUGGUGCUACAUGGGUAGUGCAUAAUCAACAACUUAGGGUUUACAAUUUUUACCCCAAUUUUGAUCCGGAGAGGCAAAAUACUUCUCGUGCUGCUGUUUGGGUAAGCUUCCCUGGCUUAUACAUCGAAUUAUGGACGAAGAGAAUUCUGUUAUCCAUUGCUAAAAUCCUUGGUAGGCCAAUUGCUAUUGAUCAGAAAACUUUGGAUCAUGAUGUUGGUAACUAUGCUACUGUUCUAAUUGACAUUGAUUUUGCUAAAGAAAUUCCUAAGAGAAUAUAUCUUAAAGCCAAUGGUAAGGAGUUCUGGCAAUAUGUGGAAGUUCAAGAUAUUGAGAAAGUUAAGUUUUGUUCUCAUUGUAAAUUUAUAGGGCAUAAAUUUGAGAACUUCCUAGCAGCACGUAAGAUUUUAGGGAGUUUAAUUAUGGAUGGUAAGCGGGUUUUGAAUGAUACUGCAGUUAAUCCAAAAACCAAAAAAGAAUGGAAACUUAAAAAACCAAAUUCUGACGUUGUUUCUUCCCAUGAUAAUCAUGCAGUUAACGUGAACAAGAGUGAUACGUUAGCUGGUGUUAUCUCUUCAGGGGUUGGGGUUUCUUCAAAUCAAGAGAAGGGUAAACAAGCUCCUAUUAUACCUUUUAUUUCAGAAUUUACUGAAGUUAGGAGUGAAAGUUCUAUUGGAAAAGGUGUUAUACAUUCUGCAGUAGACAAUGUUCAAGGAAAUAAGGUGAAGGAUGGUAAUGGUAAUGUGGUUAUUGAUCAAGAGUGUGCUGAUGAUAAACAGUUGGAGGAAGAUCUUAAUAGUUCUCUUAUUGAAUAUAGGGAAGCUCAGCUCAAAUUGAUUAGAUGUAAAAACGCUAUUGCAGCCAAAAAAGAUCUAGAUGUACGUAAUAAUUUUGUUCAUGAAGACCAUGCAGACCAAACUUAUUCCGGAAAAUCUCAGUCUGUGCAAACUAACUCUGAGGUCAGGUCCGUAUCUAAUGUUUGA